AUGGCAAAAGAACAGAGUUCUUCCGGUAUAACCGUCACAAAAGCUCCAGUUGAAGUCGUAAUUAGGAACGACGUAAUGAAAUCCGAGGUCGUCGUUACCGGACGCACAAUGCAGCUCGAGUUUCGGAUAAGGGAGCCUAUUGAUCACAUGAACCUCAAAUCUUUCAUCUCUGCCCUCAUCCGCCGCCCCGACUCCGGAGCCGCCGACGACCCCCUCUGCGCCUGGCUCUACGACACCUUCCACUCCGGCGACCCCGACCUCCGCCUCGCUGUCCUCCGCCACCUCCCUUCCCUCGCCGCCGCCUACCUCUCCCGCGCAGCCCUCCACAAGCCCCUCGCCGGCUUCGAAUCCGUCCUCCUCGCCAUCUACGCCCACGAGACCGCCGCCCGCUCUGGCCAUGCCCUCACGGCCACCAUCCCCGACCUCUCCCACCCGAGCCUCUACCACGAGACCUCUCCCACCGCCAACCGAGCCUCCACCGAGCUCCACCUAGCCAUCGUCUCCCCGAGCCUCGAGCCCCACGGUACGGUCCGAUCCACCCGCCGGGCGCGUAUCGUGGGCGUGGCACUCGAGCUAUACUACGCCAACAUUUCCGAAAUACCCGUCGAGUCAAAAAUCGAGUUCUGUAGGCUCUGCCGGGCUUGGGCCGGGCCGGAGGAUGCUGACAAUGAUGUUAGUGAUGAUGUCAGCAGAAACAAUGGGAGGAUAAACCUGCCGUGGGAGCUGAUGCAGCCGAUCCUGAGGAUAUUGGGACACUGCGUGAUGGGGCCGGAAAAGAGUGACGAGCUGUUCCGGUCCGGGCUGGCGGCAUGCCGGAGCGUGCAUGGAAGGGCGAUGAGGGAUAUCAACCCUAAGGCGGUACUGGCGAGCAUGAGUCUAGUCAAGCUGGCUGAGGCCUCUGUCGAGGUUGUGGAUUAUACGGAGAUUGGCAUGAGUAAUGUGAUCUCUUUCUGA